AUGGGCACAGAUUUGCCUUCUGGACAGAGAAAGCGUCCCCUCUUCUUCAGGGAUCUCUACAGCCUGUCUUCAGGGUUCCAAAGGCAACCCCCUCUAUAUCUUACUAAACUUCAAUCAGACAGAAUCAGAGACCUUGGUUCUCCAGACUCCUUCAGAAGACGGCCACAUUUUAAAUGGCUUAACAGUGUCUGGACAUGGAGCAGGUUCUGUGCAGAAUUCAGGAGAGAGUAUUACAACAUGUACACCAUUGAGAUCUGCCAUGGGUGGACAGGGGCUGAGAAUCAGCUUUUGAACCACUACAGACUCUUCUCGCCUCUGGUCUUCCUCCCUGUCAACCCCAGCAGAGCCAUGUCAUCAUCAUCAGGGUGCUGCCACCUCCCUGGCUCUCUAUGUGAUUAUUCAGGGAACACAGAAUCAGAGUCCUCGAAGGAUUCCGAAGAGUCUGAUUCAACUGCACAGGCUCAGUACAUUGCCAAGGUUACGGCGAAAGAUGGCCACCCACUCUCCACCAUUGUUAAAGCUGUGAGCCUGCAAAGUGAUGUGGGCAUGUGCCGGAUUUGCCAUGAAGGCGGUGGAGGAGAGACGCUGCUUUCUCCGUGCGAAUGCACUGGCACGCUAGGGAAAGUGCACAAGAGCUGCUUGGAGAAGUGGCUGUCUUCCUCCAAUACAAGCUACUGUGAACUUUGCCACACCGAGUUCACCAUUGAGCGGAGGCCACAACCCCUCACACAGUGGCUGAGGGACCCGGGGCCCCGCAGCGAGAAGCGGACGCUGUUGUGUGACAUGGCCUGCUUUCUGCUCAUCACACCACUGGCGGCAAUCUCAGGUUGGCUGUGUCUGCGCGGUGCUCAGGACCACCUGCAGCUCAAGAGCAGACUGGAAGCUGUCGGCCUAAUUGCACUCACAAUUGCCCUCUUCACCAUCUACAUCCUCUGGACACUGGUUUCAUUUCGAUACCAUUGCCAGCUGUACUCAGAGUGGAGGAGGACCAAUCAGAAAGUGCGCCUGCUCAUGCCUGACAUGAAAAGCUCACUCACCUCCCAAAGUUCUGUGCCGACCAAGUCGACGAAGAAAAUGACUGAUGAGACCAUCGUAUGA